ACCAUCUGCAGCCCGGGAAACAGCAGAAAGCAGAUGGCUAUGCUCCAUUUCUUUCUUUGACAACUCGAGAGUCUGCAUUUACUAUUCCAAAUGCUGAGAUUGAUGUUCCAGGACCAGGACACUAUGAUAUUUCCAAAGUACAGACUCCUUUGACUUUCUGACUACAGUUUGCACCCUCCAGUGGGAAAAGGCAGUAAUACAAUCAAUUUCAUACUAGCACGCUAUAACAGCAAUCAUAGUUAAAAGUAUCAGAAGGUUUCUUCAGUGCUCUUCCUCACGUUUUGUCUUCCUGCUGAAUCUUGCUUCUGUUUUAAUUUGUAGUGUGAAGAAUUAAAUAAUCCCUCAAAGUAGCAUUUUUUAUAUACUAAUCUUUACUUUGUUUGCAGACAAAGUAAUUGUAAAUUAGCUGUGUAGAGAAAAGGUACUUAGGGCUUUGGCAGCACUUAGGCCUUGUCUACACUACGGGGGGAGAUGAAUCUAAGUUACACAACUUCAGCUACGUGAAUAACGUAGCUGAAGUCGAUGUACUUAGAUCUACUUACCCACGGGGUCCACGCUAUGCCAUGUUGACUGGAGACGCCCUCCCAUCGACUCCCCUUGCGCUUCUCGUUCAGGUGGAGUACAGGAGUUGAUUGGAGAGCGAUUGGCGGUCAAUUUAGCGGGUCUAGACCGCCGAUGUAUCUAUCGCUGCACGUCGAAACCCCGAAUAAUAUAAAAGGUGGUAAGAGUCCGCAGAACAAAGAAAAACGUUUCAAAGAGAUCAGUACAGACACUCCAGGACCUGGAAGCUAUAACCAACCUCCUGCUGUGGGGUUAGAGGUUAAUAACAGGAAGCAGAAAGAGCCUAAAGAACAUAGUCAACUGAGGACUGCUGGCAGUAUAAAAGUCUACCGAAAAGUGGAUGGUCCCUCUAUCCCUUCUCCAGGCCAAGCAUUUGGGUAUGAAGAAGCUGAGGAUGGCACUCUUAUUAAACAAUACCCACCUCAAAGAGAUGUGACAUUGGGCCCAGCAUACUAUCAACCAGUAAUUAAUGGUACGUAUUCUGCCAUGAAGUAUAAAGGAGUACAUUUUGGUAAUCUAACAGGAAAACGUAGUGAAUUUAAAGCUCAAGCAGGGCCUGGACCUGGGGAGUAUGACAUAACUCAGGAAAGUGCACUGCAUUAUUGGAAUGUCAACAUCAAAAAGGAAGACAAGAAAAAAUAUGAACCCUAUGUCCCACGGUAUCAUGAAGUAAUAGUAUUACAGGAAGAAAAGAAGGGUGUUCCAGGACCUGGACAAUAUGAAAUAAAAAGUCAGUUUCAGAAGGUGGAGAAUAUAACACAAAAUGGAAAUGAAGUUCCACGUGCUCCUUUUCUUUCACAGUCCAAAAGAUUUGUACAUGUGAAAUCAAUCACCCCAGCUCCUGGUACAUAUAAUGAACCACGCUCAGCUCUUGAAUCCUUGAAGAAAACAUCAGGAAUGAAAAAGAUCCCAUUUGGUCAAACUACAGUUCGGUUCACUCAAGACUCCAGGCUAGAAAAAACACCAGGUCCAGCUUUCUAUAAUAUUCUCAACUAUAGUAUUGAAAGAGAGAAUUUUAAAAAAGCUUACUUGGAGAGUACAAAGAAAGGAGCAUUUGGAUCUUCAGCUCCUCGACCUCUCUAUGUUUUUAAGAGGGGAGCUUUCUGUACUCCUGGACCAGCUGAUUAUCAGGGCAAAAGGAGCACUGAAGAAUCACAUAAACAACAUAAGCAAUUAUCUGUUUUCUUGUCAUCAACAGAAAGAACUCCAGUAGUUGCCAUGGAAAUUCCACCACCAGGUUCCUACGAGGUUCAAAAAUCGUUUGAGAAAUCACAUAGUAAAAGCCACUAUAUGCCUCCCCGAACCACACUGGCUAAAAGAAAGCAUACCUCUUUUCUCAGUGCAACACCUAGAAAAAAUGUACCCAAUACUGACAAAGAUGUACCAGGACCUGGGACAUACAAUCCUGUAGUGAAGUCAGCUUCCAGUAUUUCCCUAUUUGUUUCCAGAGUGGAGCGUUUUAAGGACGUGAAAGAGAUUACUCCCGGUCCAGGAGCUUAUGAGCUAAGCCCAUUGUUUAAGGACACUGUCCUGAAGAGAACAUUUAAUGCUACCUUACAGAAUCCUGUUGCAACUCAGAUGGACAACACUGUUUGCAAAUAUGAGGCAGUGCACCCAGGCACACUUUGUGUGUCUAUUUAAGAAUUCUUCAGUGGCAUAAUCCAGCAUUAGUGCCUAUUAAUGACUGAAUCAAGCUGAAAGUUCUCUUCCAAAGGCGUGCCUACAUUUUAAUGAUGUCCUCCAUCAGCUGCUCAAAGGAACAUGAUUGCGCUUAUAACCUCCAGAGAUAGUAAAGCUGUUCUUGCAAGAGAUCUUAUUUAAUUUCCCCCUCCUCUGUACUUUUUUCCUAUUACCAGACAUCUGUUCCAGUUCUUUAACUCAUGAAGCGCUGACUGUCCUCUUUUUAAAGUACAACUGCAAAUAAAAAUAUGAGAUGAAA